UCACCGGCGGCUGCUUUCACCUCGGAGCGAAAGGCGCCAAAACCGCCAACGGCAGCAGCGCGCGCGAGAGAGACAGAGCGAGAGACAGAGAGACGGGGGAGAGGGCGCGAGAGAGAGAGAGAGAAGCGGCGACACACAGAGGACUCGCUGACCGGGCGCCGUCGCCGGGAUCUCGGGCCGAGGAGCCGCGCCGAGCCCCGGGGAUCCGGCGCUGGAGGAGCAGGAGCAGGCCCCGCCUGGCCAGUAUAACUAUGACUGCCAAUAUGAAGCGGAGAUUUUAUACAGAGGAGCCCACGGGGAGCAUAAAGAGUUUCUUCACCAAUGUGGCAACCAGCAGCACUCCACCAAGGCGAACGUUACAAGUUAUUCAACCAAUUGCUACUUCAGACCAGCUUGUUGGGAGAGGAAAAGAGUUCUCCAAGCCAACUCCCAAAAGAAAACACUGGAGCAAUGAACAACCAAAAAGCCCCAAGAAGUCACGUAUAGAAAUUACUCAAGAACGGGCAGAGUGUGGUGGUGAAAAUGAGAAUUUAGAAAGUCAGGGGAUGACAAAAGAAGCCCAUGAACUUCUUGUUAAACCUAACCCAAGUUCCUUGUACUGGAAGGAGUUGGCAGAAGAGCGAAGAAAAGCCCUGUUCCAGGCUCUUCAAGAAAAUGAAAGGCUGCAUAAAGAAAUCGAACUUAAAGAUGAAGAAAUUUUACAGUUAAAGGAACAGAACCAUGAACUAAUAGAGUUGGCCGACCAUGUGAAAUACAUGGCUGAUCUAAUUGAGAGACUAUCUGGACAGAGCGCUGAUGAAUUCAACCCAGAGUCAGAUGAACGAGACGCCAAUGAACCUGAGGAUGUUGCACAGCCCGCUGACACUGAAUCUCACCACGAGUCCCUGGAUGAGAGUUCAGAGAUUCCAUCUUCGGACAAUGAGGAUGAUUAAAACUUUUCAUAUGCCAGACAAAAACCUGCCAACACCAAAGGGGAGGGAGACUUUUUAUCCCCUACUUAGUUUUUUGAAAAGCUGCUAUGAAGAAUGACUGACUGCUGGUUGUAUGAACUUCAUUGCAGUAUCUCUGUAUUACAAUGGUCUUGUGGAAUUUUAUUUCCAAGCCUUGAGUUAGUAGUUGUGAGUAUAAAAUAUUCUUCAUUUUGAUUAAAUCUCUUAAUGGGUAUCGCAUAAUACUCAAUGGAAGGAGUUACCAAAUCAAUGUGCUAGUCGGACCAUUUUUUAUUCGGUCACUUGGCAGUGAGCACAUUCCAGGAAAAGCCUAUCUGUCUGUAUAUUUAAAGUUUUAUGAUUUUAGUUAACAUUUCAGUAUGAUUUUGUGUAAUAAAUUACACGUUUUUGUAAGAUUUUUAACUUUGUGUUAUUAAAUGGUAUAAGAAUGCAGUACA